UUUUAUUUUCCUCUACAUCUUUUCUCUUUGUUAAAAAGAAAAAAAAAAAGCAUACUCUAUCUUUCUAUAUAAUCAUGUCUCUCGCCAAGCAGAACUUCGCUACUACCUCUGAGGAGGCUAUCAACCAGCAAAUCAACACUGAGUUGCAGGCUUCCCAGGUCUAUUUGUCCAUGGCCUCCUGGGCUCAACACUCCUCUGUUGCCUUGCCAGGUCUUGAGAAAUAUUUCCGUGAACAAGCAGAGGAAGAGCGCAAGCAUGCCCAGCAUUUGAUUGAUUAUCAAAACACUCGUGGUGGAAAGGUUAUCUUGAGAUCCUUGCAAGCUCCCGAGACUGAAUGGAAGUCUGCCAAGAACGCUAUUGAAUCUGCUCUUCAGUUGGAGAAGGAUGUCAACAAGUCCCUGCUUAACCUUCACAAGAUUGGUGAUAGCAACGGUGACCCACAGAUGUGUGACUUUGUUGAGGCUACAUACUUGGGUGAACAAGUUGAGGCUAUCAAGACUUUGGCUGAUAUGGUUACUCAACUCAACCGUGUUGGUGAAGGACUUGGUGUUUACUUGUGGGACCAACAGCUUUAUCGCGAAGGUACUGGUGCUGGAAGCAGAGCCAUCAGCAGAGCCGAUUAAACCAAAAAAAAAAAAGAAAAAAAAGAAAAAAAAAAUUAUCAAGAAUUUCUGAUCCUUUUUUGAUCUGUUUCAAUCGAUUUGUAAUGAGAUCUUGCAAAAAAAAAUAAAGAAGCUUUGUUUGUGUAUAUUGAAUGAAUG